UUGGAAAGUGAACUGUGACACCAACGGUCGGCGUUUGGAAACAUGGGAUCGUGCGUCCAGAUAAAAGCAACAAAGAAUCACAAAUCGAUUCUUCCAAUCUCCACCCCUCGCCAUCGAUCAUCGUCACCGUCGCCGUCGCCGUGAUCCGCAGCAUGGCGGCGCCACCGCCACCGCCUCCGCGUCCGCGUCACCCCGUGGCAGACAACGACGACCUGGUCGGCGAGAUCCUCCUCCGCAUCCCGCCGGACGACCCCACGCGCCUCGUCCGCGCCUCCGCCGUCUGCAAGCGCUGGCGCCGCGUCCUCGCCGACCCGAGCUUCGCCGCGCGCCACCGCGCGUUCCACCCGAGGGCGGCGGCGGCGGCGGCGGCCCCCGUGCUCGGCGUCCUCCACAACCCGGCCGACCGCGAGCUGGACCGCUUCGUCCCGGCCGCCGCCUCCUCCUUCCGCGCCGCCGCCGGCGACCGCCGCAAGCACCACAUCCUCGACUGCCGCCACGGCCGCGUCGUCCUCUACGACUACGACUCCCACUACCCCACCGACGGCCACGUCGUCUGGGACCCGAUCACCGGCGAGCAGCACAGGAUCCCCAACGUGAUGGAUGCCUUGACCCACCCGGCCGUCAUCUCCGGCGCCGCCGCGGGUGGGGGUGGUGGCUCGGCCUCCUUCAUCGUCGCCUUCGUCGGCGUGCAGAAUUGGGAGAGGCACUUCUGGGACGCGCACGCCUGCUUCUACUCGUCGGAGACCGGCGAGUGGAGCGUCCACAUCAACAUCCACCUCGACCUCGAUGGGUACCACCUCGAGGACCGCCCCGCCGCCCUCGUCGGCGGCGACACGCUCUACUUCGUCGGCAAGUCGGGGAUCCUCCUCCGGUACAGGUAUGGCCUCCCGCUGCGCUGCGGCAGGGACAUCCUGGGCCACGGCAUCACCUCGGCCGACGUGCUCUCGGUGGUCGACCCGCCGCCGGGCGCCAAGCGCCGCCUCCGCCUCGGCUACACCGUCGUCAUGGCGGCGCCGGAGAGCGACGGCGGCGGGCUGCGGCUGGGAGUCCUGCACCGCCACAAGCUCGCCCUGUGGGACAGGGAGGAGGACGGCUCCGCCGCCGCCGCCGCCGCCCGGUGGGUGUGGCGCGUGGCCAUCGAUCUCGAGCAGGUGCUGCCAUGGCCGGUCGGGAAUACCAAGGGCAAGGAGCGGGCGUGCUUGGCCGCAGUUGCCGAGGACCCCAACGUCAUCUUCGUCGGCACGGAAGAAGACGGCGUCUUCGCCGUCGAGCUCGAUUCGCUGCGCAUCAAGAAAGUGUGCGAAUUGGGCAAAUCACAAGGCCGUUUCUUCCCCUUCGUCAGCUACUGCGCCGAGUCAUUUCUGCUGAGCCUAGCAACCAGCAAAUUGCCAGCACCAGCGGCAAAUUAAUCCACCAUCUUGCAGUCUGAUCGAUGUUCUUCGGUGAUUUGUUUCUUCUGCGGAAAGUUCAGGGAGACAAGCAGUUUAGUUCGAUCACUUGGGUCAGUUAGCAUAGUUCCUGACGAUUUUUUUGUUGUGGUGUUCUUCUUAUCAAAUUGUGACCAUGGAUCAUCACUUAAGUUUCAAUCGAUCAGUUUCAGCAUACGCGAGUCAUUUUGUUUCAGUCAUUGCCUGACACCAACCAUCAAGUGUCCUGAAAAAAUGAACCGUUGUUGUUCAGUCUCAGUCGGAUUCAGACAAAAUUACCAAAGCAUCAAGUAAUUGGGGGAUAAUUCGGCUCAUUGAAUUCACUGUGAUCAUGAUUUGAGACAUUCUUCAUUUUACACAUUUUUCUUUUUUGACAUAGUUGAGUUCAGAGUCUGUUUGCCCCAUCCUGUUUGAAGUUUUCGGUGUUUUCUGAAGAAUGGUCUGUGUUUCAGCUUAAACAUAAAACUCUAGGUUAUCUCAUUAUCUUCUGAAGAUUUGUUCCGAAAUGCUCCCAUGACCGUGGAAUUGUCGCAUUGACACUUUUAAUCAUUCAGUUUCAGCAUAUACGGGUCA